GACCUCGCUGAGCAGCGGCUGGUCGCCGUCGACUUGGCAGUGCCGGCAAGGGAUGGAGAAAGCGCGGCCGCCGAAGAGCUCGAGGCAGGUGCCACUCGGCAGGGCGGCUGCCUCCUGGAGGACAUGUUCAGGCGGCGGUUCGCUGGCGGCGUUGGUGGCGGUGAGGAGGGCUUCGGUGAGGGUGCUGACGGGAAACGGGUGGGACGCAGCGAGUGUCCGGCGUUGCUGCAGUCCCGGGGUGGGCCGGAUGCAGGCCACGCGCCGGCGAGGCGGACUGGCCCGGGAGGGCCUGUCGGGACUUCGGGUGCGGGAGGGACAGCCGGGGCCGGGAGGGCAGUUGAUGCGGGCGGGCCAGCGCACCCAGCGGUGCAGCUCCAGCUCGCGUUGCCGGCAGUGCGGUCGAACACCCACCGCAAUUCGGCGCCGCAACGGCUGCACGGGUUUCCAGCUUCUGCCGGGAUGGACAGGGAGUUCAAGCUGACGUUUUGCGCACAGCCUGGGCAUAACCAGCCGGGUUGCCAUGCCGCUAUGCCUGCGUCGUACGGGCGCCCUCUGCAUCUCACGAUCUAUGAGAUGCACGAAAUCGACACCUGCCGAGCCGCCAACUGCAGCAACCCGGUGGCAGCACAAGAGGGUAACACCUGGCGGCGGGCGGCCGGGGUUCAGGCGCUCAGGCAGCGGCACACCAUGGCGGAGGCACAACGUCCGCAACGCGGCAUCAUCUGGUCCCGACCAACCGGUGGCAGGGCAACGUCCAUGGCGGCAAAGGGUCAUCGGGAAUUGGAAACUGGUCCGCCGGAGCAGCCCCUCGCAGGCGGGGGUGCACGUGGGGAACCCGAACUAACUGAAAGCGGGGACUGCGGAGCGCGGGCAGCCCGCUCCGGUGUUGCUGAGCGGGAGGCGCGGGACAUCGCGGCGGCCGUCGACCUGCCGGAAGCAAAAGAAAAGGUAUGUCUCGACGCCUGCGGCUGGCCUGAGGGCGCCGCGGCGCUUGUGCACAAGGCACGGGACCAGGAGCUGCCCACCUGCCGGCGCUCCGGUUUCUAG